AUGGCACAUAUUCAAAAGGCUACCUUCGCUGCUGGAUGUUUCUGGGGAGUUGAACAUAUUUUUAAAAAGAAUUUUGAUGUAAUUACUCGUGUUGGGUAUAUUGGUGGUAAAACUGAUAAACCUUCUUAUAAACAGGUAUGUAGUGGAAAUACAGGACACGCAGAAGCAGUACAGAUUGAAUAUGAUUCAACCAAAAUAUCAUAUGAGACACUAGUAGAAUUUUUCUACAAGACUCAUGAUCCAACAACUGCAAAUAGUCAAGGUCCAGAUGUUGGCAGUCAAUACCGGUCAGCGAUUUUUUAUUAUGAUGAUGACCAGAAAAAUGUAGCCAAAGAUGUAACACAGCGUCUCCAAGAAAAAUUGAAUGCUGCUAAAGAAAAAGCGGAUAAAGAAGCUAAAAAAAUAAUAAAUCCGCUAAAGUAUUCAGGCUUUAAAAUUGUCACGGAAAUUGUUGAGGCUGGUAGGUUUUUUGAUGCCGAAUCAUAUCAUCAACAAUAUCUUGAUAAAAAUCCUGGUGGUUACGAGUGCCCAACUCAUUUUGUAAGAUGGUGA